AUGCGCGAACCCGCUGUCGUACUGCCCGCGCAGCAGGUCCGCCAGCACGAACAGCAGGCAGCACACCAGAAUCACCUCGCGGAAGCGCGGGGCGAAGAAUGGAAAACCCUCCGCAAGCGCUUCAACCUGGGCUUCGCGCCCCAGCACCUGAUGACCCUCCUCCCGCGGAUCGUGGCCAUGUCGCGCCGCUUCGUCGAGACUCUGGACCGCCACGCCAAGUCCGGGGAGGAGUUCCGGCUGGACGAACCCUGCAUCAACCUCACCUUCGACAUCAUCGGCGCAAUCACCCUGGAUGACAAGGUGCUCACCCAGACCAGCGACCAGCUCAAAUCGUUCCUGUUCGCCGGAUAUGACACCACCAGCAUCGUCCUGCAGUGGACCUUCUACGAGCUCAGCCGCACCCCGCGCGCGCUGCAGGCCGUCCGGGCGGAGCUGGCCGCGCUGUUCGGGCCGGAUCCCGCUCCGGUCGUUGUCUGGGAACGGCUGACUGCACCCGCGGGCGAACACCUCCUCAACCAGAUGCCGUACACCUCCGCCGUGAUCAGAGAGGUUCUCCGGCUGCAUCCCCCCUCCGGCAGCGCGCGCUUUACCGCCCCAGGCACGGGGUUUACCGUCCAGCUUCCCGGGGGUGAGGCACUGUGUCUCGAUGGAAUGGUCGUCUAUAACUGCGAGACCCUGAUCCAUCGCGACGAGGUGGUGUACGGCGCGACCAAGGACGUGUUCCGGCCUGAGCGGUGGUUGGAGUCGUCUGAUCACGAGAAGCAGAUGAUCCCCGCCAGCGCGUGGCGGGCGUUCGAGCGCGGGCCCCGGAAUUGCAUCGGGCAGGAGCUGGCCACUCUGGAGGUGCGGGUGAUUCUGGCGUGUACGGUGCGCCGGUAUGAGAUUACGAAGGUUGGCUUGGGGGCGGUUGUGAGGGAUGAGAGGGGGCAGCCCGUCAUGGGGGCGCAGGGGCAGUUUGCUGUCCGCAGGGAAUUGUUUAAUACUAUGCAGAUCACGGCAAAACCGGUAGAUGGGACGAGGGUCCGAGUUGCGUUUGCUGCGGAGGACGGUGCUUGUUCGGUUUAG